GCUUUAUUGAAAAUGUUGAGUGCCACCAUUCCCCGACAAGGCCCGCAAUGCGCAUUUCGGCAAGAGCAAAAUAGAAGACCGCUCGUCCGCGAUUCAUCUGUAAGAUGUAAUAAGAGGCGAAUGGCAUUGAUGCCUGGUGGCGGGAGGCCGUUCCAAUUAGCGGAAAGAGCCCCGGUGCAUCGUCAGCCGAUGGCGACGCACGUCUUUCCGUUUGAUCAGGCCUGGGCACCGAGCGUCGACGCAGCGUCGCUGGCGCCUCAGCUCUUCGCCAUGAGCCUCUUCCCAUACCUAUGCUUCCUCUUCUUCCUGACAAAGUCGGGCAAGACGCCAAGUUUGACCCUUUUCGGCUUUUACUUCUUGCUGGUUUUCGUAGGAGCCACCAUUCCGGCUGGAAUUUAUGCCAAGUCCCAUUACGGCACCAGCUUGGCUAAUGUGGACUGGCUUCACGGGGCGGCUGAAAGUCUGUUGACCAUCACCAACCUGUUCAUCGUGUUGGGUCUCCGUCAAGGUAUCCGGGAGGCGGAGGCAAACAACGCUAAGGCGAAGGAGGAGCAGGCGGCGGCAGCAGCUGCAGUAGCAGCGAGUGAGGAGGGCGCUGCCGCCGCGACCGGGGGUCGCCGGCAGUAGCAGCCACAGCGGCCCGGCUGUUGCAACGCUGCUGCUAGUGCGGCAGAGGCGACAGUGGAGAAUGUGGCAACCCGGAGUGAUGAUGCGCGCCCCUGGUGGGGGUGGAGGAUGUUAACGUGUAUGUAUGUAUAUAUGUAUGUAUGUGUAUCAUGUAUGGAUGUGUAGGGGAUGAGGUUUUCCUGAUCCUGGUCAUCUUGUUGUGGGCAAGGCAACGGUGCACAUGCUAUUGGCAGGAACAUGCAAACCUUCGGUGUGGGACCCAUCUUGUGGUCUCUGCAUGUGUUGUCGGACUCGUGUGCUUGUGUUUGUGGUGAACGAAUGUCGCAAUAUCGAGGCGGGGACGGCGGGGACAUUAAUGCGCUUUCGAAUUCGACGCAUCUGUGACCCAUGGGUCGGUGCCUGGCGGAGGGAAGCAGCACCCGCCUGGCGGCACAAGCGCGUGCUGGCCGUACAUCCAUUCUGCAUGCGGGUGGACGUACGGCCACUAUACAUAGCGGCGCUCUUUGCUGGGCUGACUGGCUGUACUGCUACUGUGGGGGACUAUGAGGAUAAGGGGACGAAGAGAGUGAUGGAGCUGCUGCACUGGCUAGGUUAGGACGGGAGUGCGCCUCGGUCUGCCGCCGAUUUUGGUCACCGUCUCAGGGGCAGUCGAUGGUUCCUUUCGCACGCGUGUGCGAAUGUAUGAUUGUGCGUGUGUGUUGUAGAGUUCAGACGACACAACCACAUAAUGGGGGCAUCGAAAGAUACCGAUUG